UGUUUUGGUUUCGGUAUAAGCAGGUGCGUUAUUAAAAAUUAAAAACAUGGAAUCUAUAUUACUAUCAGUGCUAAUGACCAUACUAGCGACAUUGGGAAUGGGCAUUUUGUUAAUAUACAUAAUUUUUAAGCAAAGGUAUACGUAUUGGGACGAUUUCGACAUUGCCGUAAAACGCCCUCAGUUUCCUUAUGGAAGUCUGGGAAGCCCGUUUAAUAAAACCUCAUCCGCACAUACUGCAAUGGCAGACGUAUACAAAUAUUUUAAGAAAAACAAACAAAAACAAGGCGGAAUAUACGUAUAUUGUUCUCCACUUUAUGUAGCAAUAGAUCCUGUCAUUGUCAAGAACAUCCUUAUCAAAGAUUUCAACUAUUUCUCCGAGCGCCUUGCGUACUACAACAAAAAAAGUGAUCCCUUUAGUUUCACUAUACUGACCACGAGUGGUCAAGAAUGGAAAGAUAUGAGGACUAAAUUGACACCACUUUUCACAAUAAAUAAAUUAAAAACAAUGUUUCCUUUGUUGCAAAUUCAUAACGACAGAUUCGUGAAGAAAAUAGACGAUUAUGUAAAAAGAAUGGAGCCCGUUGAGAUAAAAAAUCUGGCGGGAUGCAUGAUAACAGAUAUUAUUGGAAGUUGCUCACUUGGAGUAGAAUGCAACAGCCUCGAAUAUCCUAACUGCAAUUUUAGAAAAUUUGGAAAACGGUUAUUCCAUUUCUCACUGUUUCGACUUCUAAAAGCAACAUUCAGCAGAGGUUUUCCUAAUUUGGCACGGUCUUUAGGACUGGUUGUAUUUCCCAGAGAUGUUUCACAUUUUUUUAUGAAAAUUGUGGAUGAAGUCGUUGAUUAUAGAAUCAAAAAUAAUAUAAAAUAUAACGAUUUCUUACAAUCGAUAAUGGAAUUGGAGAAAAGCGAAAAAGACGAGAGAGUUAAAAGAACUAAUAUUGCGGUGCAAUCAACGGUGCUCUUUAGCGCUGGUUUCGAUUCAACCUCGUCCACAUUAACAGAUGCCGUGUACGAACUUGGCUGUAAUCCUGAAAUACAAGAGAAACUGCGCAAAGAGGUGACAUCGGUUUUGGAAAGACAUAAUGGAGUAAUAACUUACGAGGCUCUUAUUGAAAUGGAAUACCUCAAUAGAGUUAUUGACGAAACAUUAAGAAAGUAUCCUGCCGUCUCUAUUCUGUUCAGAAAAUGUGCACAAGAUUAUCACGUAGAAGGUACCAAUAUAACAAUAGAAAAAGGGGUAAUAGCAUGUAUAUCAAUUUUGGGAAUACAUAUGGAUCCGGAAUAUUAUCCAAACCCGGAAGUGUUCGAUCCUGAACGUUUUACUGAAAUAAAUAAAAGUAAACGACCUCCUUGCACGUAUUUGCCGUUUAUCGAAGGACCCCGCAAUUGCAUAGCACUCAAAUUUGGAUUAUUACAAGUGAAGCUUGCAUUAGCAAAUAUUUUGAAAAAUUUUAAGUUUUCUAUUAAUUCGAAAACUGGAAUACCUGUAAUGGAUUCGAAAGCGUUUACAUACAGAUUUUCUAGUGAUAUAUACGUUGACUUUGAGAAAAUUUAAGCACAGAUGUACUAUUAACAAUCAUUAAUUAGUAAUAAGUAAAUAAAAAUAUAUUUAUAUAUGGUUGGU